CCGGCUCCCAGCUCAGCGCAAGAUGGCGGCGGGCGCGUCGGACCCACUAGAGGAGAUGCUGCUCUUCUCCGAGGAGGUGGACGAGAAGGCGCUCAGCGACCUGGUGGGAUCCCUGGAAUCGCAGCUGGCCGGCGGCCGCGGCCCCGCCGAGCCGCCCCCGCCCAGGACCUCCGCCCCGUCCCAGCAGCCGCAGCCGCAGCAGGGGAGCCUAGCGGGGGGCAGCAGCCCCGGCCGGCAGCAACACGGCCGCCCCGCGCCCCCUCCCGCGCCCGGGGCAGGGGAGGUGGCGGGGCGCCCCGGCAGCGCGGGGAGCCGAGCCCCCGCCCAGGGGCCUCUCCCGUCCCCGUCUCCCCCGGCGGCGGCGGCAGCGGCGGCGGGGAGGGGAGCGAGUGUAAACAGUAGUAGUGUGCAGCAAUCACAUGGAGCGGCUCCCGGCGGCGGCAGCCCCGCCGCGCCCGCCCCGCCGCAGCCCGCCGCCCCUGCCCAGCCUGUCAACAACCAUGUGGCCGCUGCAGCCGCCGCCGCGCGGGACGCGGGGAGCCCUGGCCCCGGCCCCAGCCCUCCCGCCGCCGACAGCGCGCCCGGGGCCGCGGGGGGCGGCGGGACCCUGGCGGGGGGCGGCGGAGCGGCGGGAGCGGCCGAGGGCGCCGCCGCUGCCCCCGCGCCGCGCCCCGGCGAGGCGGCGCCCAACGGGGAGGGCGCGGGGGCCCGGGCGGCCGCGGUGCCGCCCGUCAGCGGGCACGGCGGGGCCGCCGCCGCGCAGCCCCAGCCCGCGGCCGGCGCGCUGCCCGCGGUCACCGCGCUCGGCGCCUCCGCCAGCCCCGCGCCCGCACCGCCGGCCCCGGGCUCGGCCCCGCCGGCCCCCGCGGCCCCCGCCGCGCCCAAGCCCGCGGUCACGGCCAAGGCGGGCGCUGCCCUGCCCGCCGCCCCCCAGGCCGUGUCGCCGCGGCCGGCGCUGGGCGCUGCCCCCCGGAUCGUGGCCCCGCAGCUGAUCGUGCGGCCGCCGCCGCAGACCACCAUCCAGCUGCCCCCCGGCUUCACCAUCCCGCCCGGGAUGGUCCUGGUGCGCACGGAUGCUGGACAGCUCGUGAUGGUGCCCCAGCAGGCUCUGGCACAGGCUCAGAUGCAGGCUCAAGUGCAGACACAGGGACAGGGUCCUGCCAGCCUGUCACCCAGGCUUUCUGUGCCCACAACUGGCCCUGUUUUUCGCCUGUCAACAGCUCAGCAGCCAACAUCCGUGGCCGCCUCCAGCGUCCGCCUGGGCCUCCCCGUGCAAGCCAAGGUGGUGCCAUCGACGGCUGCACCCGUCAGUGCCACGGCCACGCUGCCAGGAGGGGCUGUGCUCUCCCACACCACGGUAUCAGUAGCUACGACGAGUGCUCAAAAUUUGUUCAAGACAACAGUAGCAACGGGAACUUCAUCUUCUCAACAGCCUGCAGUGAUCACUGGUGGACAGAGCCAGGGCUCAGCCCAGCCCCAAGGUCAGCCCCGGCUGCCACUCCCCCCUCACACAGCAGCACAGGUACCAGCACAGCCCCUGGUCAUUCCCAGCUCUCCUGUGCCUGGAACUACGGUUGUAUCGCAGGAAAUGCAAGAGAAUGUGAAAAAAUGCAAAAACUUUUUAGCUACCCUUAUAAAACUUGCUUCUCAUAACUCACCAUCACCAGAAACAUCCCGCAAUGUGAAAGCUCUGGUUCAAGAUUUGUUGGAUGCAAAGAUUGAUCCAGAAGAAUUUACAGGCCGCCUUCAAACAGAACUCAAAUCAUCUCCUCAGCCAUAUCUUGUACCUUUCCUUAAGAAAAGUCUACCUGCACUGAGACAAUCUUUACUGAAUAGUCAACAUUUGGUUUUGCAAGGACAGCCGUCUCAGCAGUCACUCCAACAAACCAAGCUCUCACAAGUUAUACCUCAAUCUGCCUCGGGAAGCAUUUCCUCUGUUGUCACAACGCAGACAAUAGGAAUAAGGCAACCAAACAACAUUUGCACCGUCUCUGUAUCAAAUACAGUGCAGCCUCCUCAGGUUAAGGUGGUACAGUCAAAUCAGAGUUCUCAACUGCAGAUUAUCCAGUCAACAUCUGCUCAAACUGUGAAACGAACCCCUGCUUGCCAGACUACCCAGAUUAGGAUGCCAGUGGUAAUAACUCAGACCAUUAGACCACAAGGCACAGUAGGGAAGGCACCAACAAUACAAGCCAGUAAAAGUCCUGGGGGCUUUGGUGUUCAGGUCUCUGCAAAUCAGAAAAACAAGCUGAAUGACCCUGGAGGUGGUUCUUUCAGAGAUGACGAUGACAUCAAUGAUGUUGCCUCUAUGGCUGGUGUUAAUCUUAAUGAAGAAAGUGCCCGAAUUAUGGCUACCAACUCUGACUUGGUUGGAACCCAGAUCCAGUCCUGUAAAGAUGAACCCUUUCUUGCUGCUAUACCUCUCCAUAAACGCAUACUUGAAAUGGCUAAAAAACUAGGAAUUACUGAUGUGCCAGCUGAGGUCGUUACUUUUAUUUCCCAUGCGACACAGAACAGAUUAAGAACAGUGAUAGAAAAAGUGACAGUGAUAACCCAGCACCGAAUGGAGUCAUACAAAGAUGAUGAAUGGUACGAACAAGCCACAGAUGUCCGAUCACAGCUGAAGUUCUUUGAGCAGUUGGAGCGUUUAGAAAAGCAAAGGAAAGAUGAACAAGAGAGGGAAAUCUUGCUGAAGGCUGCUAAGAGUCGCUCAAGGCAAGAAGACCCAGAGCAAGCUAGACUGAAACAAAAAGCAAAGGAGAUGCAGCAGCAAGAGCUUGCCCAGAUGAGGCAGAGGGAUGCCAAUCUAACGGCACUGGCAGCCAUCGGUCCCCGGAAGAAACGGAAGCUGGAUGCACCUGGCCUGCUCACCAUAGGAGGAGAGGGUGUGGGGGUGUGUGCUGGCAGCCAGGCCGGGCUGGGCACGGCCUCCCCCCGGCAGUACCCCCGGCAGAAAAUCACGCGCGUGAACCUCAGGGACUUCAUCUUCUACAUGGAGCAGGAGCGAGAAAUGAGCCAUUCUCUGCUGCUCUACCGAGCUCUGCUUAAAUAAAGCCAACAGUUGUACUGAUUGCUCCACAGAAGCUCAACUUGCAUUGAAAGCUGUCAUUUUAAUGUGCCUUCUAUUUUUUUCAGAAGUCAAUGUUCCAGUAAUUUUGUUUUGUAAAAUUGUCAGACACAUGCAAUAAAUUCCCUUUAUGUAAAAAAUAAAAAAAAUAUAUAUAUAUAAAAACCACCAAAAAAAAAUGUGCAAAAGGUUUUAAAAUGUUAACUCCACAAAUAAAAUCAACAUUGAAGUCUUGCUCCAUUUGGCCAUUUUAGGUAAGGCUGAAGUAGCUGAUGUUGAAGUUACACAAAUGCAAUGGCUCACCUAAACCAUCUCCUGGCCAGGACUGGGACAGGUUCACAGGGGUGGGUCCCAGCCAUGGUGUUCACCUGUGUGUUCACUCGUGCUGGGUUUGUUUUGUUUUCAGUUUACUAGCACUGUCUUACUAACCAUGGUGAUACCUGUUGCUAUUUUAGCUUAGUUAUAAUGGCAAUUUUUUGCACAGCCAAGAGACUAGCCACUGCACACUCCCACAAAUUUUAUAUAUUUAGGAUUUUUGCUUUUACUGCACAGCUCAUUUCCUGAGCCAUUUGCUGAACCAAAUCUUAAGUGUAUGAAAUCUGUGUGCUGGGUCUCAGCUGAGUUACCUUGACUUGCUUCCAGUUGUUUUCUAAAUCUCAUCAACCUUUUGCGCAUUUGUAGCAGCUGGUUAGUAACAGGAUUCAAAGCUGGGUUUUAUUUUCUAGAAAAAUACUAAUUUAUUUAUUGCAAAGAGUAUGGAUUAAUGGUGGUUUUAAAAGAUAAUAUUGUUCAGUAAAGAUUUUAGAGUAUUCUAUAUGGAUUUUUAAAGUCACUGUAGAGGUUUCUGGGGGCCGCUUCCACUCCUGGAGUGGGGAGAGCAGGUGAGCCCAGGCAGCCUGGUGCCACCUGGAGCAGGGACACCUUUGCCUUGGACAACUGGACCAAGGCCUCCAGUCCGGAGAGGCUCCUGAACAGGCACGUGACUUUAAGCAUAAGGAGCAGCUGUAAGUACCUAAAGGUGGGGUGAAUGCCUUUUAAAUGCUUUGCUGAAGCAGAAUUUGGGCCCACACGGAAGCCAAGCGAUGUCAGUGUGAGCCUGUGAAAUGGGGAUCGAAUAGGGCACGAACAGGCAGGUGGGCACGAGCUGUGCUUCAGAGCUAACAGUGUUACCAGUCACCACAGAAGGGACACAUUUGCUUAUUUAUCUUUUCCAUUUUUACUAUGUUAUGCUUGCCACUUUUUUGAGGCAAUAUUUUUUUUGAUGGGAAACCAUAGCGAAAGCACAAAUAGAACUAUUUGUCCAAUAGUUUUAAAAACAAAGGUUUUAAUUAUUUUUUAAGGUUUAUGAAAAGCAGAAGAAAAUUUAUACUGCUGCUAUUUAGCCAAAAGAUUAUUCAUAAGGUAUUUAAGGCCAGGAAGUGUAAAGUUACGUUUUAAAUGUAUUGAUAAUUUGUACAUAUUGUUAAUAAAGGCCUUGUGUUUAUUAGAGUUACGUUAUUUUGAUGAUUUCUGUACAUACUGGUAAAUACCCCCAAUUUGUGUGAAAACAUACUCCCUUAUUUGUACUUAUUUUGUAAAGAAAUAAAACAAUUUACUAAAGUAA